CCGUUCUUCCUUUAGCUGGAUGAAGCUUCCGGCUGGAAUCUAACUCAUUUGGGAGCAAUUUGUUGUCUGUACUGGUAACUUCUCUCUCUCUCUCUCUCUCUAACACACACACUAUGUUGGCGGCGUGUUGGAAUCCGACGUCCUUCCCCUCCAGCAUCAUGUUCUCGCUUAUUGCCCGUCUUUGUUUCUCUCAGGCAACUGGAGAGUUAUUAUGUGAAUUUUUGGCGUCAUCCGGUAAAGUCCAAGUCGUUAGACGAGUUUCCCAGGAGCGAGCUCCCGUGCGCAGUCGGUCAAUCUGCGUUUUCCCCGGCGGAAUAUAAAAAGUCAGAUAAUACACAUUUCAUUUCUUUUCUAUUUUCUGAAUUUUUUCUAGAAUUUCAAUCGUUGCAUUUGUGGUUUCAGUACAUAUGAUUGCAGGUGCUACUAUCACCUUUUCAAUCGCUAAUCAAAUUGCUUUGGUGAAAACAGAGCUCCUUUUCUUCUCCCUACUUUCCCCGCUUAAAUUUUCAAGUCAAUAUCUCAAAAAUGAUUUUGGGAUGCUAGGAAAAUUGCAAAUUUUGACUGGUACAGUUUCUCCUGCAUGUUUCUCUUGGAUACUGAGAAAUUUUUCAUUUACAUGUGCAUGGUAAAGUAGAUUCUGUGCUUUUAUUGGGCUUCAGGUGUCUCAGGGAGAUGAAGGAAUCAACUUACGCCUUUCUGCUACCUAUCUUCCAUUUGUUGCUUUUUUUUGAGCGUCGAUGGACCAACGACUCUACCAACCACUUUCGUCCCUCAAAUUUACAAUCUUGUUUCUCUGCCUGAACUUCCAGCGACCUUUCUGUUCUCCUUUCUCUUGUUCCCUACCAAACUGCUCGCAUCUUCACUUCUGCUUCCUAUUACAAGUUGACAACUUUACUGCACUUUUUGAAGGUUGUCAUUUGGUUCGGCUCCACUUCUUCCCUGCCGUCUACAAUGACCGAGACCCUAAAUUCACCUUCUUUUCUGGCACAACUGGGCCUUACACUGUGCUCAGCAACUUCAGCCCCGCCAUCACCGCUUUAGCCCUCACUCAACCCUACAACAAGCAUGAGUUUUCGUCACUGCCCUCUCCUCUGGCUCCCUCACCCUCACCUUUAGUCCCUCACUAAGCACCCCUGAUUCGUUCGCCUUCAUCAAUGCCAUCGUCGGAAUUGUUCCCUUCAGGUCACGGAAAGAGGAUGAAGAGGGCAAGUUUUUCAGAGAGACUGCUUUUCCAAUAUAUCUGCUGUUUCUUGCUUCUUGACCCUCGGUUAUGCUCAGCUGCCUCUUCCUUCAAGCCGGUGGAUGUAAUCUUUCUAAACUGUGGGGCGUCGGCCGACGAUCUCGAUGCUGAUAAGCGCCGCUGGAGCAACGAUUCUAGCGCCACUUACUCUGGCUCAUCUUCUUUCCCCACUCAAGCUAACAAAACCAUUGACUUUUUCCCAAUCCCAUCUAAAGUUCCAUAUGGAACUGCACGAGUCUUUACUUCCACUUCCACUUACACGUCUCCUGAUCUCUCUGAAGGCCGCCAUUUUCUUAGACUCCACUUUUUCCCUGCUUACUACAACAACCUCGACCCCUAUAAUGCCACCUUCUCUGUCAUUGCUGAUGCUUACACUUUGCUCGAGAACUUCAACCCUGCUACUAUUGUCACAAACUUCAACCAAGCUUACAUCAUACACGAAUUCUUCAUUACCAUCCGGCACGCUGGAACCCUCACCCUUGUUUUCGCUCCCUCAUCGGGCAAACCCUAUUCGUUCGCUUUCAUCAACGGAAUUGAGAUUGUGUCUUCGCCAGAACUGUUCAACUCUGGCAUCUCCAACUCCUCCCAGAUAGUUAAUACUCCUGGCCUGACAUUCCGAAUAUAUGAUUAUCAUGUCUUGCAAACUGUCGCUCGGCUAAAUGUUGGUGGGGCAUACAUCUCACCCGCUGGUGAUUCUGGCCUCUUUAGAACAUGGUAUGAUGACACGCCGUAUGUCUUUCCUGAUGCUUCAGGGGUCUCAUACCCUCGUGAUCAGAAUGUAAGCAUCCAGUACUCAAAGAAUGUCCCGGAGUAUAUUGCUCCACCAGACGUAUAUGGCACUGCUCGGUCUAUGGGUCCUAAUGCCUCUGUCAACCUGAACUACAACCUCACAUGGUCUAUCACUGUCGAUAAUGGAUUCCGUUACUUGAUUAGACUUCAUUUUUGUGAGAUUCAGUCUGAGGUGUUCCAAGAGAACCAAAGGGUAUUCAAUGUGUACGUGAACAACAUGACUGCGGAUCCUGGAUUCGAUGUGAUUUACAGUGCGAAGGAAAACGUCCAAUCUCCUCCAUACACUGGCGUAGCAGUGUAUAGAGAUUACAUGGUAAUAGUGCCUUCGUCGAGUGGCAAACAAAGCGACUUGAAGAUUGAGCUCCAUCCAGAUAUUGAUGUUCAACCAUAUUACGCAGAUGCGAUUCUUAAUGGGCUUGAGGUGAUUAAGAUCAGCGAUCUCUCUAGAAACCUUGCACGGCCAAAUCCAGACCUCUCGCCUCCGCCUUCACCCGAAAAAGUAGGGCGUGACGGUGGCCAUAAGACCCCAAUCAUAGGUGUUGUGAUUGGAACAGUAACUGUCGUGGCGUUGGGGAUUGCUAUCAUCCUCUACUUGGUGCUGAUUAGACAACAGAAGAAAGGUAAAGGGAAGACGAAAUGGAGCGAUGUUGGUGGUGGACGUCAACAUAAACUGCAAUCUCCCCUUGAGCAGGCGAAGAGGAAAUGGUUUGCACUUCCAACAGCUACCAAGGAUUCUAGAUGUAAUGAGGCGACACUUAAUCACUUCCCCAUCACUCAUUGUCGGCAUUUUUCGCUCUCUGAGAUAAUAGCAGCCACCAACAAUUUUGACCAUGCUCUCCUCCUUGGGCGUGGUGGCUUCGGCAAGGUCUACAUAGGUGAAAUAGAUGGCGGCACCAAAGUUGCCAUCAAGCGUGGGAACCAACAAGCAGAGCAGGGAGUGCAUGAAUUCAAGAACGAAAUCGAGAUGCUCUCUAAGCUCCGCCAUCGCCACCUGGUGUCCCUAAUCGGUUACUGUGAUGACAGUUCCGAGAUGAUCCUUGUCUAUAACUACAUGGCUCGCGGCACCCUGCGUCAACACCUCUAUGGCACUAACCAGCCACCUUUAUCUUGGAGGCAGAGACUUGAGAUAUGCAUUGGUGCGGCUAAGGGGCUUCAUUAUCUUCAUGCCGGAGCCACCUACACACUCAUACACAGGGACGUGAAGACCGCCAACAUACUCUUGGAUGAGAAUUGGGUGGCCAAGGUUUCUGAUUUCGGCCUCUCGAGGAUGGGGUCAUCAUUGGAUUGCAGCCAUGUGAGCACAGGGGUGAAGGGCACCUUCGGCUACUUUGAUCCAGAGUACUUCCGCCUGCGCAGGUUGACAGAGAAAUCAGACGUCUACUCAUUUGGGGUAGUUAUGUUAGAGCUUCUGUGUGCUCGGCCUGUGAUCGACAUGUCACGUCCAAUGGAAGAGAUCAGCCUGGCCGAGUGGGCAUUGUUGUCUAUUAGAGAGGGAAGAACCGAGCAGAUCAUUGAUCGGUUCUUGGAGGGAAAAAUCACGCCGGAGUGCCUACACAGGUAUGCAGAAACCGCCGAGAAGUGCUUGGCAGAAAAAAGUGCAGAGCGUCCGUCUAUGGCCAAUGUGGUAAGCAGUUUGGAGAUUGCCCUGUUUUUACAGAUCAGCGAAGGAGAGGGGAACAUGGAUGAUGGACUGGCUGCUGGUUAUUCCAAUGUGAGCCUAGAUGGUGAUGAUGAAGGGGUGUCCAUGUCUUCCAUGGUGUGGCAAACUGAUGAUGAGAAAAUCCGGUGGACUUCUGAUGGGCUGGCCGCCAUGGAUUCACGGAGCAUGUAGCUGAGCGAUAUGAUUCAAUUCCGCGCAGACCGCAUACAACUGCUUGGCUAAAAGAAGCGGAGAGCGUCCAUCUAUGGCCAAUGUGGUAAGCAGUUUGGAGCUUGCUCUGGCUCUUCAAUUCCGCGCAGACGAGGGGAACAUGAAGGAGGUGGGAUCGUCUAACAGUUCUUUAAUGGACGAUGAAGAGGCAUCCGUGUCUUCAAGGGACGAGAGAAGCAGACCAUCUGUUCGUGAUGUACAGGAAAUUUAUGAAAUUGAAUCAACUUAAAGUAAUAAUUUCACGAUUGUGUUAUGGACUCCG